UUAAUUUCUAUCGACAUUCCGCAGUAAGCUGCAUUGUGAUAAAUUUAGAAUAGGGUAGGGCGAGACAGCACAAAUCGUUCAACGUGCGAAAGAGAAAAGGAAGGGAUGGCCAGGGAUGACGCAUCGGCUGCUGACUUCACAGGCGCCAGCGUCGAUUCACGAUGUCGUCACUAGUAACCGUAAGAAGUAGUGACAGUCAGCGGCUGUCCGUCGUUCUAAACGGGUAGAGAAUAUAAUUUUAUUGUAUACCUAUUCAAAGUGUUCUAGUUCACUGCGCCUUCCCUCUCCCUGUCCUAUCACUUUUGCGAGAGAACAAUAUAGCAGUGUGUCACAAACAGCCUGAGAGAAAUUACGUUGCAAAGAUGGGUGAAAAAACUGCAGAGCACAUUGUAAUGACACCAAAAUGCAAGACUUCGAAUUCCACAACACUGAUAAUAGAAAGGCAAACCUUGGAGCCUCCGGCAGAGAAUGGAAACGAGAGCAAUGUUCAUGUUGCUGGUGGCGAUCACAAAGGAAUUGUCAUCAACAAACAGGCUGCGGCUGUGACCAAUGGAGAAGUAUGCCCUGCCCAACUUUGCCUACAAUUCAGAGUGUUCCUGGUGAGUGCACAAACUGGAAAGCACACACAAGAACAAAGAACUCUUCAAUUCUGGUUCACCAAUACACUCUCCGAAACAGAACAGCCAAGCAUCGCACAAGAAUUUUUCAGGGAACUUGUCACUCCGCAAGAGUUUCCUAGAGAUUAUGUGGGAUUUAUAAAAAAGAUAAUGAAAUUGAUGCAACAUAAAUAUCCCAGUAUUAAAAAACUGGAAGUAGAAUUGAGACAACUGGAAGAACCAGUCACACUUCCAACCAGACCAUCUACUGGUCACUUACUAUUCACACUUCCUCUCUCUGAGAAAGUUAUAUGGACAUCAGUAUCUGCCGACGAAGCCAUCAUGGGUCAAGUAAUUGAGCUAACAGUAGAAAAAGUUCUGGAGCUUAUUGAGUCUGCCUAUCCGAAUCCAGUGACUGUGGUUGACAUAGCAAAGGAACAUGGAUGGGAAUCAUCAGACGUAGAGGCUAAAUUAAAAGAACUUCAAGAAAAAGGACUUAUCAAAGCAAUGGAUCAUGGAGCUUACACACGUGUCGUCCAUGAAGAUACUCAAGUCCAAGUAGUAAAACAGAUGCCAACAAUGGCAAGUGCAAAACAACCUACCAUAGCUAUCAUUACUGCUCAAUAUUGUGAGAAACUUGCUGUGGAUUCAAUGAUUGAAAACAAAGAAACUUUUGUUCGCUACACUACUGUUGGUACCGCAAACACACCAGAUACAACAGAUGGAGUUCCGCGAGUGAUAUGCCGUUUUGGGGAAUCAAACGUAUAUACUUUGGGCAAUAUCGGUGCACAUAGGAUUGUAUGCACUAAAUUGCCAACGGUGGGCCAUACUAGAGAAGCAAUGACUGCAGCUGGCAAUACUACUACUAGAUUGUUAGGUACGUUCCAAAAGGUGGAUUUUGUCUUUCUCGUCGGAGUCGGUGGUGGUGUUCCUCAUUACACGGAUUACAAUAAACACGUAAGACUAGGUGACGUAGUGGUAUCGCAUCCAACACCGUACAACAACAAGUAUACGUAUAUUUAUUGCGAAAGUGCCAAGAUGAACGAAAAUGGGAAUUAUCAUUUCGAGACCAAAGAAUAUUGCCCGCCAAAUCUUGGUCUUCAAGAAAUCGCGGCGACUCUUAAAAAAGAGGCUGAAAACGAAACAUUUCCGCCGUGGCAGACGUAUACGAAGGAAGGUUUGGAGAAUCUGAUCAAUCAGUCGGAACAUGACUUUAAUGCACCACCACCGGAAUCCGAUAAAUUAUAUAUGGUUAUUGGGGAAAGGGAUGUUAUCGAAGUAUCCCAUCCAAUUGCACCACAGGAUUCCAUGAAUAAAAAAAGAACUGACGGAUAUUCUCGAAUUCAUCUAGCACCGGUGGCAUCUGGUCGACAAAUCGCACGAGACGAUCAACUUAGGCAAAAGUUUGCAAGUCGAUUCGGUGCGCUCGCAUUUGACGCGGAAAUGGAUGCCGUGGUGGAGAGUAUUUUAGGUAAUUGCCGCGAAAAUUUCGUCGUAAUUCGCGGAAUUGCCGACUACAAAGAUGGUACCCGAAUCAAAGAAUGGCAGCCUUACGCGUCAUUAACGGCAGCCAGUGUAAUGAAAGCUAUAAUCUGCGCUAUGGAUCCACCGACCAAUGAUUAAUGUCACUCUUUCAUAUAGAUUUUAUAUAGUAUAACACGUAUAAUUUUUCAUAGAAUGAAUGAUAAAGUUUAAAAUCAAAACGACUGAUAGGUAUUGCACAAAGUACACAAAAGUAAUAAGCAGUCGGUGAACUUUGAUAGAUUCAUCACUCGUAAAAGUAGAUAGAUUUCGCAACAAUUAUUCUGUAGAAUACUUCACGCGCUGUUCAAAUCUUCUAUAGAUUUUUUUUAGAUUAGUACCAUUUUUACAAAUAUUUAAUUGACAGUAUUUUUUUAAUAUCUUCCUAUAGUCACAUUAUUGACUAUAUUAUAAACGAAAUUAGUCAAGCAUUCCCAAGAAUAUCGAGAAUAUUCGACUGUCACAUUAGUCAUUUAUUGCUUCCGUUUUUUGAUAUGUUAAAAACAGAAUAGUGCCAUUAUUAUUUACUAUAGUUGUCGCAUAAUGAAUUAUGAAAUGAGAUGAUUUCAUAUUGGUUCUUAGUGAGGAUAAACGUGUACAAUUAUAUUAGAUAUACAUGUUAAAUGAUGUGUGUUAUGUGAACACAUCCAUAUUUUCGACUUGAACACCAAAUCAAUGACGCUUUGAAGAAAAUCAUUUUCUAGAUAAAUGAUGAAUUUAGUGUCUCUAUUUAAUUUAAUUUAGCAAGAUAGUUACAUUUAUAUUUGCUAUAAUUUAAAUAAUGAAACAAUUUCAAUAGGUUUAAAUGAGAUGAAGGAUGCUAAUUUAUAUUUUCAAGGUAGCCAAUUAAAAAAAUUUAGUAGUAAUUCAGUUUAACUUAAUCGUAUAGAAUAGCUACAUGUUGCAUUCGUACUUGCUAUGAUUAAAAUCAUCAACCAAUUGCACCAAGUCCAAAUGAGAUAGAAUACUAAUUAAACAAAUUAUUAAACAAACUGUUCUAGAAAUAGAUGUGAUAGAGGCAACAGGAAACUGAAAGUAUAUUUAACAGUAUUUAUCAAAUCAGAAUCAAAUUAUCGUUACAAUAUUGCUGGAAUUAUACUACAUGUUUGUCAGAGUAUAUACAUAUAUAUAUAUAUAUAUUGACGUUUUCAACAACACAGAUAUUCAUUCUAUAUUCACAGUACACAUCUACGAGAAUCAUAAAUAUUUUUUUCUGAAAUCUCAGAUUACGAUGGGACAUGUAACAAAACUUUUUCUUAAAAUGUGCCAACGUGUUCAUACUUAUUAAAUUCACUGCCCUUGUAAAAUCUGAAUCUUGAAUACUAUCUUCGCGAACAUUUUCGAGACAAAUUUUUUGAACUAGAUCAAAUUUUCUCGUACAAUUUUCAUGUAAUCAAGAAAUUCUGCAUUUAAAAAAUAACAGGGUAGUGUAUAGAAAUAUUUAAUAUCUAAAUAUCGAAUUUGAGGAUAUGAACUUAAAGAGUAAGAGAAAAAAUAUAAAAAUAUACAUAUGAAGCAUAUAUGUAUAAAUGUUGUUAAUGAUAAAAGAAACCUUAAAAGUUUAGUGGAAAUCAAGAAUAACAUAAAAAUUACAAAAACACGAUUGAUUCCAACUAAAAACGUCUUUAAACUGCACAAGUAAAAUAUUUAUACUUAUUUUAUUUAUAUUUUUUUGCUAUGAAAAUAAUUUAAUAUUCCGUCUAUAUACUUCAUGUGCCGCGUUGUGCAAAUUAAAAAAAUGUUUAAGCAUAUAUAAAAUCUAUUUCGAAGAGGUUUAUUUGCUUAUAUGUAAGAAGAACAUUGACAAGUAUUAUAAGUGGUAGGAGGACCUAAAAUCAAUACGAAACGAGACAAAAAGUCACUUGUUGCGUAGAAGCACACAUUUGAAGUUCUAUCAAAUGUAGAGAAUGAUUAUGAUAUAUAUACAUAUACAGAGAGAUACGUAUAUAGAAUUUAUAUAUAUAUACAGAAAUAAAGUAAUAUAUAUAAUAUAUAUAAACUCGCACAUAUGCGCGCGCAAGUUUAUAUUAUAAAAUAUUAAAUUAAUUAACUUAUCUGAUGACAGAUUCCUAUUUUAGGCCUAAUGUUAAUUUUACGUACGUUUGAUAAAAUUCCCUUGUCAACCGAAGCUUAAAAGCUUCGAGCUUCCAAUCGCACAUUCGUAUUUGCGUUAUUAUUACAUACGUGCUUUCAAUACUAGUCGUACAACUGUGUUUUUUCUACAUGUAUUUAUAUUUACUACUUAUUAUUAGAUUACGAUAGAUUAUAAGUAGCUAAUAUAAUAUAUCAAUUAUUAUGUGACUGCUUAGUUCAUAUCUCUUCUAAGAAAAUGUUAUUUUUUAUUAAUGAACUAUUCUUUAUUUAAU